ACAGUCUGAGAAGAGGUUCAUUGUCAUGGACUACUGUCGCAUGUCUUUGAUUGUCGCUGAAAAUGAGCAGCUAGCAAAUCUUUACACAGAAUCUUUGAAAGACUUGGCUGAUCAGCUUGACUUCCGUACCAAAUGCCUCAAUUUGAAAGAGGAACUGGAAAGAACUAGUCAUGCGCUCGUCUACAAAGAAGAUGGACAUUGGAAUGAUAUGGAAUUGCUUAAGCAAGACUACGAAGAAAAGAUUGGAAAUUUAGAAGCUAAAGUUAAGGCAUCUCUCCGUGAGAAAGCAACAUAUGAAGCAACUGUUAGCCAACUCGACCAAGAUCUAGCAGCGCACAAAAAUAGUGUACAAAUUUUAACUAGCAGGCUGGAUGAGCUCCAUUUUGAGGUCGAAUCAAAAUAUAGUGUUGAGAUUCAAGAUUUGAAAGAAUGCCUUCUGAUGGAGCAGGAAGAGAAAAAUGAGUUGAACAAAAAGAUCCAACAUUUGGAAAAGGAAUUGCUGAUUUGUAAAACAAAGAUGGUCGACCAGCAGCAGGAUAUGACCUCAAAUUGGCAUGUGGAAACUCUUAAACAGAAAAUAAUGAAGCUGAGGAAGGAGAACGAGGUCCUCAGAAGGAAGCUCUCUAAUUCAGGAGAGGGCUAGGGCCUAGGGAAUGGCAUCGAACUGAAAUAUAACGAGCUUAAGCCACUUCACUGGAGAAAAUUAAAUGAGUUCCACUACCACAACUUCAACUUCGUAGUGUGAAUGAUGCCAACUGUAUCUAAAAUUAGUGUGCUAAUCGACUUUCCAUGCUAUGAAAGCAAGUAGCGUAGAGGAAAAAUUGACUUCACCAAGCACUUGUUUAAUUUGAUUGAGAAUAUAACACCUCUUUGGAAUUGACUGAGAAUACCUGAUUUACUGCAGG